CCGCGGCGCGCGCAGGCCAGAAGCGAGACAGAAAUGGCGGCGACGGCGGGGGAAGCAGCGUGAUAUGAUGGAGCAAUAAAACAACCUAAAAAUACAAAUGUCAGUCCAUUGUCGAGAAAAUGAAAAAGAUGUCGAAUUAGGCCGUAUUUUGUAAUAAUUAUUACAAAAAAAAACGAACACCUUCCCCGGAGAACGUCCAUCUUCUGAUUGGAAAAGAGAAUCUCACAGGGAGCAUGGCUUCUCAGAGUAACGUUAACCAGUACAUCUUCGGGGAGUUCAGCCCUGAUGAGAUCAAUCAGUUCUUCGUGACUCCACGAUGUUAUGUUGAGCUUCCCCCCUUCAAUGACAAAGUCUCCUGCGUCAGUCAGUCUUCAGGAAGUUACUGCACUCCUGCUGUGCCUUACAUUACGGAGUCUAUGAGACGGCAGGUUUGCGGCGAAGACUACCAGCGCAUAGAGUUUGGUGUGGAUGAGGUGAUGGACUUGGAGCCUGUGGGAGUGAAGGAUCCUCUCUUCAAGGUGUCCAGCACGCUGAACCCCCAGGCUCCAGAGUUCAUCCUGGGAUGCCAGCCGUCUCAGAAGGUCCCGCAGACAGCCACAGCCCUCUCUCCGGUAGCAGACGUCCCAGACGGAGCACAAUACAACUCACUGGACGAACCCGACGGCCCGGACGGACCUGAUGGCCCAGACUCUGAGCCUUCUGCCAUGGACGGCAACCAGAACUGCCAGGAUGGGGACGGGGGCCCGGGCAGCCUGGGCCAGCGGGAGAGGAAGAAAAAGAAAAAGCGCCCGCCAGGAUACUACAACUACUUGGAGGGCUCAGGUCCCAAUAGCGGUGGCAUGGGAGUGGACGGGCCUCCUGGAAAGGGGUUGGUGAAUGGACAUGUUCUUAGCGGCCCUCACCUCGGGUCGCAGGACAUGGUUGGUAAGGCGUUGUCAGAGGGCGGACUUUCCACCUCAGCCCCUGUCGCUACGGCAGCAGCGAAUCAGAGGACUUGUGAUAGCCCUGAUGAAUCGUCUUUGGACUUCACGAGUGGAGCUGCCUCUUUAUCAGAUGGUAAAGACGCGGCCUCCUCCUCUUCUUCCUCCUCCUCUCAGAGCAGUGGGGUGGCAGAGGGAGGCAGAACUGCAGAGCAGCAGCCUGAGAACAUGGCUCCAGAGAGCCCUGAACUGCUGGGCAGCGGUGGGCACAGCCCCUGCCCCACCUCCCCUCCCCCCUCGGUUGCUGUGGCCAGCCCCCCUGCCACCAUUGCUACUGCUACUACUGAAGAAGAGGAGGAGACUAGGGACAGUGGGGUGGCUAAUGGGCUGGCUGAGCCCCAUGCUGGCAUCAGUGCAGACAGACACAAGGAGGCCUCUGAGAUGUUGGCGCAGCCCCAGCAGCAGUCCCCAGCUCCCUCAGUGGAGCCUGCUUCCUCCCCAGACUCUGAGGCCCAGCCGGCGGUGGCAGAGCAGCCUAAGUCGUCUGCCCCUCCGGCUGCGCCCGCUGCCAACCCCCUCAAAUCCUGGGCUAGCCUCUUCCACAACUCCAAGCCUCUGCCUGGAAGCCCUCAGGCCUAUGUGGAGGUGAAGAAUGUGGUGGAGGUCGUGGCUCCCUCCCUGGCUGCUGUGGAGCAGCAUGAGAAGGCUGGGGAGGUGAAGGAAAGCCUUGUCCAUGUAUCAGAGGAUCCCAUGGCCCCUAAACUUGCAGAACUAAUUCAGAAUGUGAAGUUGAUACACAAACCAGUGUCUUUGCAACCAAGAGGACUGAUCAACAGGGGAAACUGGUGCUAUAUCAACGCUACAUUGCAGGCCCUGAUUGCUUGCCCCCCCAUGUAUCACCUGUUUAAGUCCAUUCCCCUGUUCAAUGACACCCAGAGACCCUGUACUUCCACACCCAUGAUGGACAACUUUGUAAGGCUUGUCAAUGAGUUCAACAAUAUGCCUGUGCCAUCCAAAGCCAAGCAGCAAGCUGCUGGUGAAAAGAUAAUAAAAGACAUUCGACCAGGUGGUCCUUUUGAACCCAACUACAUCUACAGACUCCUCACCCUCAUCAAGUCGAGUCUCUCGGAGAAGGGUCGACAGGAGGAUGCGGAGGAGUACCUGGGUUUCACCCUCAACGGACUGCAUGAGGAGAUGCUGGCUUUGAAAAAGUUAAUCUCCCCUCAGGAAGAGAAAGCCCCCACACCCAACGGCCCAGAGUCCCAGUCAGGUGUGGAUGAUGAUGCUGCUGCUGAUAAGGAGGAGGGGAGCGAGGACGAAUGGGAGCAAGUGGGCCCCCGAAACAAGACCUCCAUUACCCGUCAAGCUGACUUUGUCCGCACCCCUAUCACUGACAUAUUCGGAGGGCACAUCCGGUCGGUGGUGUACCAGCAGAACUCUAAGGAGUCAGCCACCCUGCAGCCCUUCUUCACCCUGCAGCUGGACAUCCAGUCAGAGAAGAUCCGCACCGUUCAGGAGGCCCUGGAGACCCUGGUGGCACGGGAGUCAGUUCAGGGCUACACCACUAAAACCAAGCAGGAGAUUGAGAUCAGCCGGAGAGUGACCCUAGAGGAGCUCCCUCCAGUGCUGGUGCUCCAUCUCAAGAGAUUUGUGUUUGAGAAGACUGGAGGCUGUCAGAAACUGAUCAAGAACAUUGAUUACCCUGUAGACCUGGAGAUCAGCAAAGAUCUCCUCUCUUCAGGGGUGCGGAGCAAAAUUUUCAAAGGCCAAAGAACCUACAGGCUCUUUGCAGUUGUCUAUCACCAUGGGAACAGCGCUACAGGUGGCCAUUACACCACGGAUGUCUUCCACAUCGGUCUGAACGGCUGGCUGCGCAUUGACGACCAGGCAGUGAAGGUCAUCAACCAGUACCAGGUGGUGAAGCAGACUGCUGAGCGCACUGCCUACCUGCUGUACUACCGUCGGGUCGACCUGCUGUAGACACCACACACGCGUACAUGCACACGCACACAGAGGAACACUCAUUUUACACAUUCAACUACACAUACACACUCCCACUACAGGCAUACACACUCAAGUGCACAUGCAUACAUUCAAACACACACACACACACAAACUAAUGAACAGGAACACUGCCCAACUUCUUCUAUUGCAAGAUUUUCUUCUUCCUCCCCUCAUCCCUGCUUUUCCAGAGAGCCAGCUUUUCCAACAAUGCCUUUUUUCCUUUUAUCUUUUUUGAAAGAAUUAGGGGGAAAAGGACACGUUGUAAAAUAAUUUCCCUGUGAUGGCUUCCUCUUCUCUGUGCGCCACUGCUGUUUUUUUUAAUGCUGUGAGGAGAGACUGUUGAAUGGACUGAGGGGAGGGGACUUUGAGACUCGCCUCUGAACCUACAGCCUCGUUCAGACUGGGAACAGUGGGUAGUUCGUCCUGUGGGUAAAGUAUCUAUCUACAACACGAGGCUGCAGAUGGACGGUUGGCCUGCUGGAGAGAAGUUGUAAUUUUGUUUAUCUACUCAAAUGUUUUUUUUUUUUUUUUGAAAAUGGCGUAAAAUAAUCAGUUUUGCCUUUUAGCAAGGGGAGUUGUUGUCCUAAUGAAUUUGCAGCAGUUUAAACACCUGUUGAAAUUUUGCCGGAGUUCGUCGGAAAAAGGCACAGCACCAGCAAACGACAAAACGUUAUUGGAUGAGUCUCUAACUCCAGAGGCAAGAUGCUCUUCAUGGCCACCAUCUCUUCUUACUUCUCCACCUUCCUCACUUUUCUGAUGCUUUUAAAUCUAGGUAAAACUUGAGCCAUCAAAAAAUAGAAAAAAUGACAGGAGAAGAGGUGCUGAAACUUUAACAGCUUUGUUUGAAAGAACCUUGUGGUUUCUGGGUGUGGAAUUAGAAUGACGAUCUAAAACAAUUUUAAUGUGCUUUAGGAUUUAAAUGAUUUUUAAAAAUAAGCUUCUGUGCACGUAUAAUAUAUCUGAUCAAUAACAAGAUGUGGAUGUGCUAAUGCACACUUGCAGAUAUUUUAAGAUUUAAAAUUGUAAAAAAAAAAAAAAAAAACAUGACAUCUGAAUCUAGUUGAGUGUCACCUUGUUUGGCUCCCUGGGUGGCUGUUAGUUCUAAAGCUUUUUGAGUACUCUGGAGCACUGGAGAGAUGCCAAUGAAGACUGAGAUUCCACCGCAAGCACCGGCCCGUGUUAAUUUUAUACCUAUCCUUUCCCCCCUCAUCCUUCAUUUAUAAUUUUUUCCCUGUUCUGGUCUAAGGGUUCCAUCUAUGUAUAGGCGGCCUGCCUUUGUAGAGUUACAACAGCCACAUGACCCCUUACCCCACCAACUCACCAGAAAAAGGGGGCUGCCUUAGGUUCGCUAUGCGAGGCUUUCUAAUCCAAAUCGCCACUCGAUGUACGAGUCCAACCCAGUGAGUGUGACAACUGUAAGUCAAAUGUCUGUAAAGUUUUAUGGGAAUGUACCUUACCUUUGCAUUUCGUCUUUUGUGGCUGAGUGCAGUUCCUCUCCAGUGAGAGAGACUGUCCAUGUUGAGGGGAAGUGGGAUCACAUCUGCUGCUUGGCUCUAGAAAUGAAAUCCCCCACAAUAAAUGCGCACAAAAGGAAAUCAUGUUUUGUUUGAGACCUUGCUUUUUGCGUCAUUAUUAUUCAUUGAUUGUGUUUUUGAGUUUCGCUUAAAUGUUAUUUUGUUGUUUUUAAUUUGUUCAAUAACACCAUGACCGUUUCCCCAGAAUUAUACUAUAUGGCAUCUAAAUUGCUAUUUGAGGGUAAAGCACACCAAUGAAUAAAAUUGGACAAGUUGUUUGCUUGAUCAUAUUUUAUUUUCUCGUUAUUUUUUAUUUUUCCUCCACUAAGUUUGAUCCGUAGUCUAAUCUUAAGGGACAUUUCAAGCAAACCAAUGUCAAAAUCUGUCAGUAUUUAAUCCUUUACAAAAAUCACAUAACUAGUACAUUACUUUGCUGAAGGCUUGGUGCAUUGUGGUUUACCUUUGUAUACUCUGUCCUUAAUGGGCAAAGCAGACUAUUUUCUAACGAUAUUUCACAUACAGUAUACACUUUCUCACGUGCACACACACUUGGUCAUUGGAUAAAGCGAGGUACACAACUGGGAAUGGGUCCUUUUGUAAGGCGGCUCUCACACUCCCAUUUCUGACCACUGGAAGGUUGGGGCAGUGUGAAAUCAUUUUUCCCACAUCAGAAUAGCAGGGCAUGCAUUUUAGAUCUUACAGGAAGAGCUUAUUUUAUCCCAUUUCUCACUUUGUAGUUCUCUCACUGAUGGUAGCAGAGACUAAUUCAAUAUACCUGUAUCCCCUUUUAUUUAAAGUGACUGGAAACUUUGUCCAUUACUCAGUUAUCUUACCAUGUGCAUUUUCUGUGUUGCAUAUUUUGAGUUUGGAGCAAUGUCAUUUAAAUUGCCCAUACAAUUCCCUUUCAUGAAUUACUGUUGUAUAUUUUGUCCUGAAAAUGUGUUAUGUUAAAGUGACUGCAAUUUCGUAGUCUAAACCAAGCAGAAUUUGAUUCCCUCAAGUCAUUUGCUUAUUACUUAUGGGUAUGUAAAGUUUUUUUUAUUUUUUUUUAUCCCCAAGUGAAACCAAAGGAUACUUCACAUUGAUCCUGUUGCCUUUCAUAAUUGCGCUAAUGCUUCUGUCUAAUUUUGGUUUCACCUCUGCAUCAUAAGUUCUGUUGCCACAGCUCAUGAUUCAUUCAAUCAGCAUGGCUCAGUCAUUCCAUAUGAGGAAAUUGAGCUGAUCUGUACAGAUCAUUAUAAAACUCCUUAUAAGUGUUAGUUCAAUUGUGUUGAUGGCUAUGUGGUCAUAUCUGAUACACUCAUUGUGACAAUGUUGGUUUGAAACAGACCCUGAAGAAUGUUUUGAAGAUGGUUUGAAACAGACACUAAAGCUGUCAGAAAGCUUUCUGUUGUACACAUUUUAUCCCGGAGUCUUUUUUUAUGAUUAUGGUCAGGAUGAUAUGUGCUGGCGUAUCGCUUCAAUGAUGUCGUUCUGUUUAGUUUGUGCUUCCUAACACGGUUGUCUGCUGAGGGCUUGUUGGGAUAUCAAGCUGAAAACAAACUAUAUGCUGUCUUUUAAUCUCAAUCCUCCAGCAUUCUACUCUUUUUGUUUAUUGUUCAAAUAAAUGAUUGUGUUAAACCGAA